ACUCCUCCCCCAGUCUUGCAGACUUUCACCUCAAACCCAAGAUGGCGCAGCAGUUCGUCCAGGCCAAAAUCAAAGGAGAUAAAGUGGUCUUGUUCAUUAAGCCUACAUGCUCGUACUGUAUCACGGCCAAGGAAGUUAUGUCGAAGUACAAGUUUAAGCCGGGACAUCUGGAAUGUGUUGACAUCAGCGCACGGCAAGACAUGAGCAGCAUGCAGGACUACUUCCUGGAACUCACCGGCGCCCGCACUGUUCCAAGGGUGUUCAUUGGAGAGGAGUGUGUUGGUGGCGGCAGUGAUGUGGCAGCGCUGCAGAAGAGCGGCCAACUGGAAGGAAUGCUGAAGUCCAUCGGGGCUCUUCAGUGACCCACGCUAAACUAUCAGGCGACAUCACAUGACGACGCAGCGACUCUUGCGUAAUUUGCGUCGCCGUUGCUGGUACUCGCUGAGCUCCUGCAGAUAUCCUCUGGACGGCCACCGGAGCCGCUCUACCUGCUCACGCUCUUCCUCUGUAACUCACCAAUGCACACACAUACACACUAAUGUAUGCUGUACAAGCCAACAUCAAUUGUUGUAUCGCAUCCAGGAAGGUAGGGAAUUGUUUUUGCGUCUUUACACUCUCUCUUGACCUUUGACUUUCCCUCGUGCCCUACAGUGUCCGUCCAAAGAUUAAAAUGAGCCUUGUGUGUAUAAGGGAUGAAAAUAAACUGUAACACGCUGAA